GACUGAGAUCAUAUGAAAUACGUUGUGUGAAACAAAGAUAACUAAAUAUAAAUAUCUUGUAAGCAGUGUUAUUCAGCUUCCUGAAAUUUUACAAAAAGAUUUACUGAUUGUGUGUUUAGGAUACAGAGAAUUACUAGCUGCAAAGGAGUUAAUGUAGUUUCCGCCACGCGAUGUUAUUAAACAAAAUGUAUAAUUUGAUAUGUGAUGGAAAUGUUCAAGAUAUUCAGGGGGGGAAAUGCAAAUGUUGCAAAGUCCCCUUCUUCAGGACCUCAGAAAUGCACCUGUUGCUAAAUGUACCUCCAGCUCUGGCCACACGGCGGCGAAACGGCCGCCUACAGCUCUCCGGUGACUGGAAAUAAAACUGCGUCCUGCGGGAGAAGUUGGUAGGAACAGCGAGCAUCUCGCCUUGGACUAUUUCAGAAAACCAACAUUUCGCAUUCUUGUUUUCAUAUCAGCUGCAAACACACGGACUGCUGGACAGAAAACGGUUGUCUUUCUUCACUACUUUGAUCACUUUUCCUCUCUCUCUCUCUUUUUCCAUUCUCUGUCUCAGAUUGUAGGUGUUAGUCUGAUGCAUGUAUACUGGGCUCAUUUCAGGAGCAUGUCAAGUCAUCGUGGUAACACAGGGCAGGGGCAGCCAGCUCAAGUUUGAGCCUGUCCCAGAAUGCACCAGCUGUUUCGUCUAGUGCUGGGACAGAGAGACCUGUCCCGUGCAGGAGACCUCUUCUCUCUGGAUGACAGCGAGAUUGAAGACUGUCUGUCCCAAGCUCUGGAGGAAAUCAAAGUCAUAUCCUGUUCACCAGACUACUUAACCAAUGACAACGACCAAGCGGUGGUGGAGAUCUGCAUCACGCGUAUCACUACAGCCAUUAGGGAAACAGGUUCGAUCGAGAGGCACGGAGCAGCUCUUGUGUCGUUAUGGGAGUCGUGUCUCGAGCAUAACCUCCAGCCGCAGGGCAAAGAUGAAGACACACCCCAUGCCAAGAUCGCUUCUGACAUCACCAGCUGCAUCUUGCAGAAUUACAACAGGCCUCCAGUGAUGGCAUUAGCGGUCCCUGUGGCAGUGCGGUUCUUGCAGCAGGGGAACCAAGAGCUGAGCAGAAACAUGUCCAGCUACUUGUCACUGGCUGCCAUCGCUAAAGCUGAACUCCUGGCCCAACACACAGAGGCCAUCACCUGCAGCGUGCUGGGAGGUAAUGCCAUGCUGUUGAGAGUGCUGCCAUCUGUGUAUCCACGACAAUCAGAGCCCAUCCAUCAACACAUCCGUGAGCUGACGGCGAUGAUGUCCCAGUUGGACCAGGCCGGCAGACAGCACCUGCUCAGACUACUGCAGAUGAUCUCUGACCUUCACCCGCUGGUAUUGUCAUCUUUGGUGCCAUCAUUGAUUGGUUAUGUCAGUGACAGUGAUCUCAGUGACACUGCUUUGGGUGUGCUGGUGAACAUGGCUCAGGCAAGCCCCGCCUCUAUUGUUCCCUUCCUAUCCACGCUAAGAAAUGUGGGUCAGAAGAACCCUUGGUUGCUGGGACACAUCGCUAAGAUCCAUGGGGCAGUGGGUCUGACUAGUGAGGUCCAGGCUCGCAGGGCGCUGCAGUAUCUGGUAUCACUGUUAGCAAGUAUGGAGCACAGCGCCCAUCACACACUACUGCUGGAAAUCCGUUGCCUGACCGAUCGCUACACUUCCAUCCUGGGUGGUGGAGGAAAAGACAUCUACCGCAUGAGCAACAGUUUCACCGCCAUCGCUCGACUGCUGGGCCGCAAGCUGGAGGCUGACAGCACACUUAGCAGAGAGGAGGAGAAGGUGCAGGAUUUGUCAAGGUCAUGUGAAGCCGAGUCUGGUUCUGAAAUGUUUGCUGAGAACCAGCGUCUGCAGGUGAAGAUUCAGGCUUUCGAGCAGAAGAUGGGUGAUGAGGUGGAGGAAUUUGAGGAAGAGGGUGCUUCUCCUGGUCCUCAGAGACGCCAUAGUCUGGGUCAGGAUUCGCGAGACGAGCGCAGAGAGAUGAGGUUCAACAGGUCAAAGAGUCUGGCUCUUCACGCUGUACGCACACGAUCCAUUAACUCUGACAGCAGUCCAGAGGGAGAAGGGGUGGAUCUGAGCGCAGAACUCGAUGUCUGUGAAGCCAUUCCCAGUUCAGAGACCCAUUCUGGCCUCACGACCCUGCAGGAGAACCACAAACUCACAGAGACUCAACCUGACACAUCUCCAAACAGUGAGGGGCAAAAGGUGGUGGCUGGAGAUCCCCGGGAGGGAGAUCGACUCUGGAUCCACCUAAGAGACAACAUGGAAGAAAUCAAAACCUUCUGUGCAGAAAUGAUCAAGCAAAUCCCCAUACCGGAGCACUGUGUCAUUGAAGACUCACAUCGUGGCUGUGUAGCCAAGCUGUCCUUCUCCUGUCCACUGAAAGGACACUACUGCCUGUACGGGAAGUCCUGUUUCUCACUGUGUAGCUGUCAGCCACACCUCUGGAUCCAAAUCAUGCUACUGGCACUGCAGAGUAAAGUGAGUGAGGCGUUGUGCUGUCAAGAUGAGUGUAUUAAGCAGCUGAGGAAACUUUGGGAGAAAACACAGCUGACGGGAGCUCACAGCUUUGAGCUGGCCAUGACCCAGACAACUGUUCCUCACAAGAAGGAUGUGGACAGUUUGCAGAUGUAUCUGGAGGAGGUUCGUUUCUUUGACCUGUUCAGCUACAGUGAAGAGGAGGGUAGCUGGCUAUGUUUCAUGUGCAGUAACCCCGAGAAAGCCACAGUUGUUAACCAGGACGGCCAGCCACUCAUUGAGGGGAAGCUGAAAGAGAAACAAGUGCGCUGGAAGUUCAUCAAAAGGUGGAAAACACGUUAUUUUACCCUCGCCGGCAACCAGCUUCUCUUUCGAAGAGGAAAAUCAAAGGAUGAACUGGACAACAGCACAAUUGAACUUAGCAAAGUGCAAAGCGUUAAGGUGGUUGCAAAGAAGAGGCGUGACCGCGGGCUUCCCAGAGCCUUCGAGAUCUUCACCGACAGCAAAACCUACGUGCUGAAAGCUCAAGACGAGAAGCAUGCGGAAGAGUGGCUGCAGUGCAUCAAUGUAGCUGUAGCCCAGGCCAAAGAACGUGAGAACCGCGAGGCCACAACAUACCUGUGAUGCUUGUUCUGCUGAGGAUCCUGUGGGCUUAUCUAGCCAGAUGGGUGCGCCUUAUUGCCACAUUUUCUCAUUAUGACAGUUUAUUAACAUCAGAGACAAAAGUCCUGUCUCAAAUGCCACCUUCAACCUUUGCAGUCAUCCUCCACAUAAAUUCUUGCAAUGGCAAGCCACUAAGACUUUCAGUUGGUCCUUUGUUACGGUGAGCUUGGCAAAGGGCAUCAAGGGCACAUUGUGGCCAAAAAGGAUCCCUCAGGAGAACCCUUAUGAAUCAUGAAAUGAUCAAUGGGACAUCCUACAGACUUCUCAGACAUGUGUUAGGAAAGAGCACAAGACCACAAGUCAAUAUCAAGUGCGUCAUUUGGGACAUGACCAAAGAAAAAUAGUGACGUACAAUGAGGCGGAGUGACACUGAGAUGCACCUGUUCGCACUGACGGUCGUUCUGUGGGUCAUAUCUUAAUGUUUUAAGAACAGCAAUCAUGAUUUAAUUCAUCUUUGUCUUCCAGAGAAGUAUAGAAGACUAUACUUCUAUGAUUUAGAAUCAGCUAUCACAUACAAUUAGAGCUGUCACAGUUAACAUAUUAACACAUACAGUAAGUUUUAACACUUCAUUAUUUAAACCGUUGCCACAUUUAUUCAGUUUGAUGUUAUAUACUGACUUACUGUCUUAUCCUGUUUUGUGAUUUCGCUUUUUGGUAUUUGUGCAAGAUGAGUAACAUUUACAACAUAAGCAGAAUCCACAUAAAUUCAUGAACCUAAUAAUUAAAUAAUCUGAUUUUAUUUUCUUUCCUUGAAAAGGAACUGAAUGCGUUAGCACGUUAACUAUAACUAUUAGAAAUUAAAAGGGUUAAUCCAGGAGUUCCCAAACUUUUUUUGAUCAGCCACACCCCUUAGAUGUAAUAUUACUUGUUUUUACUUGAGCUACACCCUGAGAUUUUAAGUUAAUAUUUCAAUAAUUUAAUGAUAUAUUUACAUGUUUACGCUUCUCUAAUGUUAUUAUAAUAAAACAAUUAUACAAUUAUGUUUAGUAGUAGUAUGUUUUAAAUGAUUAGAAUAGAAAUAUAUUACUGUUAUACAGUACACACUUGUGCUGUAAAAUAAAAAAAUAAACAUUUGAUAAUUAUAAUGAAAUGCCCAUUUAUUUAUUUUACUUUAACAUUCGGUAUAAUUAAUUAUUAGCUUUUUAUCUACCCACAAACCCCUUGCAGUACCCCUGUUAGGGAAACCCUGCUUUAAUCAGUCGACAGCGCUCCUUUCAGUACAUGGCAUAAAGUAAGCAGUGAAGUUUUCUUAAUCUUGAAUUUUACUGCCUGCUCCUCUGCGCUUCCAGAAUACAGCAAGAGCCAAUGUUAUCUUGACAGCAAUAAUAUUAUAUUUAGCCCUCAGCUCACAAACCAUGUGAACUGUUACAACAUACAGCAAUAAAAGAAUUUAGCUGGAUUGAUUUCAGAAAAGGACCAAAAGCAUCAAGAAGUGCCUCUAAUAAUCAUGAAAGCAUUCACCACAGGGGAUACAAAUGUAUGAAUGUAGUGGCAAAACAGAUUUUGGUACAGACUGUUCUUUGGCCACGGAAACUUGCGUGUCAGAAAUGUUGAUCAAUGUCUUCUUGAAUAACACAGAGGACCUCUCCGAAGUUCUAGAGAACCGCAGAACAAUGGCGUUGAAAGACAUUCGUUCCACAAGUAUCUGUUUCAGAGCUGUGUUUUGUGCGCUGGGGUGGGCUUUCAUGUCUCAAGGCAAAGUUUGUCCCUUUUUCUCUACAAUUUUUAUCCAUGGAUGAAUACCAGUAACAGUGACUCAAAUUGAAGCCUUUUAUCUAUUUAUAGUAAUAAUUAUUCAUAAUUUAAUUUAAUAAAAAUCCUACUGUGUCUCAAACCAUGCAGCUUUGACUAUAUUCACAAAGAAAUAUUUUAAGGAAUAUAAUUUCUUUUUCUUUGCUGUUUUAUAUCAAUAUGGUAUGUUUAAGUGUUAAACAAGUUUAAUAAAAAGUAAUCUAAAAAGUAGAGAAUACAUUAGCUAAAGUAACCAACCUAGAUUACGUUACUAACAGAGCUGGGUAGUAACUGAUUACAUGUAAUCAGGGUUACAUAAUCAGAUUCCAAAAAUUAAGUACUUGUAAUUAGAGUAAGUUACAUUUUAAAAUACUCGUAAUCAGACUACAGUUACUUUUUUUAUGGAUUACAUGAUUACAUAGUAUUCACACAAUAGCAAUAAAUUAUUCAUAAUUCAUUGAUUCUCCCUAAUUUCUCUUUUUUUAUCUUUUAAAUUUUCCUUUCUAAAAUAGCCUACCGAUUAUAUACAUAUUAUAUAUGUAUAUAUAGUUCACUUUUGUGGACAUUCACACAGACUAGUUCAGUGGUUCUCAACCCGCGGGCCGCAUGCGGCCCAUCACGAAUUCAAAUGCGGCCCACCAUGCUGAAUCAGGGCCAGCGCCAAGGUGGGGCAUUCGCGGGCCGUGCCGAACGUGAACGUGAUCGAUUUCGUAAGCACGUGUCAAGUCACGCUUCCGUGUGCGUCUUACAGACUGCAACUUACAAUCGCAACUUCAUUGUGCUGUUACUCCUUUCGAGCAGAAUUUCACAAAAUUGGUCAGCUCCCGACAGCAUCAGGUGUUUUAUGAAUGGUGAGUAGAAUUAUUUAUUUAUUUAUUUCAAUAAAUGUAAUCGUUUAGAUACCAUAAUAUUUAGGCUAUACAUAAUAUUAUAAAUCUGGUUUGUUUGUAUUGAUGACGUAAUAUGUAAAUGACAUGCGUGCGGCCCUUGAGACUUGCACUUGGACCAUAGUGCGGCCCGGUGGAAAAAAAGGUUGAGAACCACUGGACUAGUUAUUAGUUAGGUGGCGACGGCAUUUGACCACUGGAUUUACAAAAAUCAUUUCAGGUUUAAGAAGGGUUUCAACAUUGCAUCAACUACUGAUGAACACAUACAUUUUUAUUUGAAUUAUUACUCUGUAGGUUUUUUAACCAUGUAUUAUUAAUUAUAACUGCACAUAUUCACGUUAUUUCUUAGUUACAUGUAAUGCAGGCAUUGCAAAACUUUUUUUCAUCUAAACCUUAUUCACUAAAUAAAUUUGCUUUAAGUACCCAUGAAAUUUUAAAAUAAAUAUUUCCAAUAAUUAAGCAUCACAUUUGCAUGUUCACAGUUUCUUUGAUGUUGAUUAAUGAUCACAUGGCAUGCAGGUAAAUAAAAAUAUUUCAGCUCUUUUAGUAAGUGUUUUAUUUAAAACAAAGUCUAUAGAAAUACAAAGACGGUUCACUCCUAUAUUUAUGAAUUGGAGAAACUGUAACAAGCAAUAUGGAGGAAUAGUUCCACCUUCUAAAUGGAAGAGCCAUAUUUCCCAUAGAAACCUGGGGUACGUUCAAGCUCAAACUGGUGCGCAACAUUUUGCUGUGGUUUCCGGGUUGAACGACAUGUUUCCUGGAAACAUUAUGCCACGGGGUUUGAGAUAUGUUUUCUCAUCAGCAGCAAUAUGUAUAUAAACCACGCUGUAUUAAAGAGACAGCUCGCACAAUGGGUCCAAGUAAAUCGUUUACAAAUACCGUUUGCUGCAGCUCGGUAUACGCAACAAUUGAAGAUAUUAGAAGACAUGUUUGUCGUAAGAGUUUUAUAGUAACAAUAUAGCAUAUCAACAUGGUGAUGUAGUUGGUUAUAUUUUUAGCUUCAUUGCAAGGCAAGUUUAUUUAUAUACCAAAUUUCAUACACAAUGGUAAUUAAAUGAUUUACAUAAGAAUGGACGGCAAGGGCAGUGACUGUAACACGUAUUUAUACUGAUUUCAUCAGGCUUAGAAAAUUCGUAAAAAAAAACAAAACACAAAGAAUGACCUUCUCAGCUGCCAUAGUUGCAACUCUUGCGUCAUCAGAACAGGGUGUUCAACACACCACCAUUUCCGUUUAAAAAAAACGUUUUGCAAUGUUUUGUCGGGGCUGAACGCAGCCCUGACUAGGCCAGUCAAUGCACAUGCGCAGUUGUAAGCACGUUAUGACUCCGCAUGCACAUUGGCUGGUCUAGCCUGAAAAUUAAGCUUUUUAAAUACUAUUUGAGCAUAAGAAACAACAUUCAUGGGGCAAUUAAUUUCAUAUUUUUGUUGCUGAUGUGACAUAUGGAAUUUAAUUGUGAGAUUUCAGGAUUCCUCCAUUCAUUAAGAUUGGUCUUGUAUGAGCUGCCCGGAGGCAUUGCAAAUAUGGCCGCCAAGUGAAGAGACGUUCCUCGAAAGGGAGUUUGUUUUAAAAUGAUUUAUUUAAAUUUUUUAUGAUUGAAUUAAUUGUCAGCUUUUCAUUAAACUCACAACCCCCUUGCAGUUCCUUUACGAACCCUAGUUUGGGAAACCUUGAUGCAAUAUAAUGUUUAAUGCACUUCAUGUUAUAAAUUACAAUGAAUGGAACAAGUUUUCUUACUCUGCAUUUUUUUUACAUCAUUAUGGUACAAUAUAAUGCUAUUUAAAUCAAUGUGAUAAAUGAGUUAAAUCAAAAGUAAUCUAAAAGUAAUCUGAUUAUAUUACCUAAAAUGUGUAAUGUAACGGAUUACGUUACUGACUACAAUUUUUGUCGUGUAAUCUGGAAUCAGUAACGGAUUACAAUUUGUAAGUAAUCUACCCAGCUCUGGUUACUAACUACAGUUUUCAUCAUGUAAUCUGUUACAGACUACAGUUUGUAAGUAAUCUACCCAGCUCUGGUGACAAAUGGGUUUGGCUCUAUUAUGUUUAGAUUCAGAGAGAAUCUAAAAUUGUAUUUCAAAUCAGUCAUAAUUCAAUAUUUUUUAAUGCUUCAGUGUUGAUGUAGUUACUGUGGUUUGGUUUCUAAAGAUUAUCGUGCAUCUGGACGCUAAUCAUGAUUUUUUUUUUUUUAUAAAUGCAGUGGGGGAAUUCACUAAGAAUUAAUAUAGCUCAGUUUAUUUGCAAGUGUUAUUUUGGUGCCUGGUUCAAUGAAGGAAUUAAAUUAGGUAAUGACUCAAACGUACCCACAAAAUUUGUUCUGAACACAGUGUGCAUAGUGCAAUUCCCCACUGUGCACUUUGAUUCUGACUGCUAGGUUAUGAAUAAACUAAAAUAAACCUAAUUUAGGGAGGUUUGUGUUGAAAAUGUUCACAAUAUAAUUUAAAUAUUCAAUAUUUCAGCAUUGUUAGCCCCUGGUUAAACUAGAUAACGGGUUGUUCAUGAAUAGAUAAAAUAUCAUGCGCAUUGUGAAAUUGCAAUUGCUCAAAUUAAACGUAAACCUUCAUUCAGAAAAUAACCAAUGCAAGUGGCAGCCACUUCAUGGCCGACUGCUGCACAGACAAAACAUAAAGUAUCCCAGACCUGGUCCUCUCCAUUGUCAUUACUCCUCUAUAUAUCUCCCUAUAUACAGUAGUUCCGAGACAUGUGUGGCACGCAGGUGUCUUCUCAUUAGCACUCGCACCACCGGCCUCGCUUCAUCCCCACGACUCUCGGCCCUGCCCUGUUUGCCACAAUUAUAUUAUACACAGGGGUCUGCCUGAGAUAUUCAUCUUUUAAUGCUUUCUCUAUGAUAAACUGGCCACUUUCAUUCUUCACUUGAGCUUUUUGGAUGACUUUAUUCAAAAUGAGGAUAUUUAUUGAGGUAAGAAUUGAAGCAGUUAAUGAUUGGAUAUCUGACACAAAACAUCUGGCCCCUACAUUGUAGUAUUUCAUUGUGUCUGAAUAUUGCAAAAGUAUUGUUUAACCCAGGGUUAAAUCUGGCUUUAACCCAGGGCUAAAAAAAAGAUGUUAAUCAUCUCAUGAAAAGCUCUGUUGUAGUUGAAAACAGAAGUAUAUCCACAGAUGUUUCUUGUUUUGCUUCACAGUGUUGAUUUCCACUGUUUAUUUACUUGAGUUGACAACAUAAUCCAGUCAGGAUGCUUGUCAGCAUCUUGUAGCAUUUAUUUAGAUCUCACACCCCUAAUGGCCCAUAACAGAUGGGCUUUCAGCUCAGCAAGGUGUCUCAAGGUCCCAGAAUGUGUGAAGACCCCCAAAACACAUUUGCAUUUCCAUAGUUUGUUACAAAGUUUUACGUUAUUUACCAACUAUCAACAUUCUCACAGUCAUCGUGUUGGGGUCUCUGAGCCAAAAUUCUAUUUAUUUUGAAAGUGUUUUGUUUUCUGUUUUUAGUUCAUCUGGUUUGAAAUGCACUUCCAAGCAGCUGUAUAAAUAUCUGUCCAAUUACUUGCUAAAUGAAGGUGUGCACAUGUGCACAUGACCUCUGUGACAUGAGCAUGGCUUAUGUUUGUGUUGUUUCUCCCGAGGGACAAAUGUCUAUUUUCUUUGUAUUGAAUGCUGGAGGGUUUUGCCCUCUUCAAAUGAACUAUGUUUUUUUUUUUGUUUUGUUUUUUUAAAUACUGGAAUGUAUAAUGAAGGAACUACUGACUGAGAGCCAAUUUUUCAAAGACAUUCAGUGUUAAUAGAAUCUUAUAUAUAUAUAUAUAAGUAUUAGUCAACAUGAAAUUGACCCUAUUUACUUUCUUAAGACGUGUUCUUGGUCUUGUUGUAAAAGAUUCAUCUGAUUAUGUUAUUCCAAAGAAUUUUGAUAUCCAAUUAUCCAUGUGAGCUAAUGGAUAAUGUGAGUAGCCAAAUCUAUUUAAGCAUUGUUUUAGCAAACACAAUUCAUAUUCUGACUUCAUUCUGGUGUGGUACACUGUGUGUCCUGGUCUUGAUUCUCAAUAGAUAAAAUCAAAUCCUGCUUCAUAUUUUCCUUGUUGAAUAUACUGAUUCACACUGAAUUAUGUAGGGUUACAAACAGCAAUUAAUGUUGACAUUAUGAACAUUUGUAAAAAUUCUGAACAUGAAAAGCACACUGGAUAAAAUCAAAAUAUUUGUUAGUUAUUGUAAUUCAUGUUUUAAUUCUGUUUUUUUUUUUUUUAUCUGUAUUUAUUUUAAGUGUUUAAAACUAUAUGACUAAACACUAAAAUAAUAUCAGUUUGUUGAAGAUUAAUAUUAGUUGACAUUUUCCAAAGCUUAAAUAGUUUCUUUAGCUGGACAGUUUCACUAAAUCUGCUCUUUAUUGACUAAUGUAAUGAAAAGAAAUAAAGAUUAAUUUGUUUUUCUUUUGUGUAGUUUGAUGAAAUGCAAACUGAUUUAUUUGUUUCAAUAAAUAAAUCAUUAGAAUUAUUAUUAUGGCAGCAUUUACUUUCAUUACUUUGAAUCACAAACACUUAAAGGGAUAGUUCGCCUAAAUAUGAAAAUUCUGCCAUUAAUUACUCACCCUCAUGUCAUUCCAAACCCGUAAGACCUUCGUUCAUCUUCAGAACACAAAUUAAGAUAUUUUGGUUGAAAU